AUGAUGUUCCUCUCCAGGAAGAUACGGUCGGCUUCGGGCGUGGUCGGACCGUUGGCUCCCUCGGCAAUGAUCUGUAACACAGACACCAGCUGUUUCUCGCUGGCGGCGGGGAUCAGGAUGUCGCAGUCGGCCUCCAGGAUGCUUCCCUCGUACGGCGUCGAGUUCGGGAAGCCCACGAUGGUCCCGUUGGCCUGGAGACGGAAAAUAUUGAUUAAUGACGAAGAGGACGGAGCGUACCUGGAUGACGAAGGUCUUGUCCUGGAAGCCGGGACACAUCCCCAGCUGGCUCAUGUAGGCCGCCUCGUUGAUGAAGUUCUCGAUGCCGUGGAAGACCCCCCGGCCGGUGGCGGAGAUCCUGCCGUGGAUUCCUCCCUGGCUGAUGGGCUUCCCGGUGACGCAGGCGUGAGCGUUGAUGUCCUGAGACAGAGACAGACAGGGGGUCCGGUGCUGGCUGUGCUGAGCCCGGUAGCCCUCGAUCACCUCCCACUCCCCGCUGUCCUUCUUGAUGGGGAAGCUGACGCUGAGGACGUGGUUACACGGUUUAAUGAUCUUCAGGAUCCCGCGGACCCGCUUCGUCUUCUGCUCGGGACUCUCCCGGGUCUUCAGGCCCUCCACCAGCUUGUCCUCCACGAUAGCGGCUCCCCGGUCGAAGAAUCCCUCCACCAUGGUGAAGAAGUUCGGGUCGUCGUCCCGGUCCACGGCCUGACUGUAGCCGCGGUAGCGCAGCAGGGACGCGGCCGCCGGCAGAGCGGAGUCAGCGGCGGCGGCGGAGCAGCCGGAGCCGAGGACGGAGCCCGCUCCCCGGACAUCAUGAGCAAGCGGCCAAAGAUCCACGUCUUCCUGGGGGCUCCUCCUCCCUCCUCUGGCCCAGCCCUGGUGUCCGGAGCUGGGGUGGACAGCGGGGAGCAUCCCCCUGUCGACUGGAGACACCUGGAGCUCACCUGGCAGGAUGGACGUCUGAGGCCGGCAGCAGACGAGGGCGAAAGGACCAGGAUGGAGGACGAGGAAGCUGAUCCCGGGAAGGAAGAUCAGUGUUCGGCUUCAGUUCACGAGUAUCUGGACGGCUGUUUCCCUGCAGAACCAGAACAACCAGAACCUGUAGCAGCCGUCCCUCCUCUGUCGGCCCAGACUCAGUACCUCACUACCUGGACUCUGAGUCAGGCUUUAAUCCUGCGAGGCAGACGUGGUGUCCAAUCAGCAACCAGCCCUGAGAAAACCCCACCUCCUCAAACCCCGCCCUCCGUCUCCUCCAGCACGCCGGAGCUCUUCAGCCCCGUAACACCGUCUCCGGGAGCCUCUGCAGAGCUCUUCAGCCCGACUCCGAGGGCGGAGGAAGGGGGCGUUGUGGUUGAGACCACCGCAGACGGGCUGCUCUGCUCCCAGGAUGCCGAGCAACAAGAGUCCAAAAACUCCCCCGAUUUCAAGAGAGCCCGAAUCCCAGAAAACCUCAGGACUGAAGAGUCUGUGGUGCCGUCGGAUGGUGCCACCGCCGGGCUCCGGGGUGCCACAACACUCCUGACCCGGUGUGUCAAGCUGGGGACACGGUACUCGGUUCUGGUGGCGGUGGUUCACCCCUGUCACCUGAAGGAGGUCAAGGUGAAGUCCGGGCCGGCAGCAGGAACCUUCGUACCUCUGGCAUCCAUCGUGGUGACGGACCAAUCGGGUGUUGAGAUGAAGGUGGUGCUGUGGCGGAGAGCAGCGUUCUGGGCGUUGACAGUCAGUCCUGGAGACGUUCUGCUCAUCACAGGACUGCAGCUGAAUGAAGACAGGUGGAGAGGAGAGACGGUGCUGCAGUCGACCUUCAGCAGCAAACUGCUCAACCUGGGACAGAUCGUCUCCUCCUCCUCGCCACCAGUCCCUCAGUACGUUGAUGCUCGCUCUCUCGGCUCUCUGUGUGGCUUUCUUCGAGAGCGGCGCCCCCUGCUGGUGUCUUAACCUCAGCCCCCCCAGGACCCGAACCGCCUCCCUUACGCCACCCUGAGGUCACUGAGGGUCAACACGCUGGUUCACGCUUUGCUGCGUGUCACACACUCCCACAUGAGCACAGCAUGGCGGAGCGAGGCGGAGUCUCGCUGCAGGUCCGCUGUUCAGCUGAAGGCCGUUCUGACUGUGGAGCAGCCGGACGGUCAGCAGGGGGCGCUGCUGUUGUGGGGAGCAGCUGUGGACUGGCUGCCUCGCUUUAACCAGGACAGAGCGGCUGUGUGGGACUUCCGUGUCCUCCUGGUGAGGGACGGUUUGCCAACCGACCUCCCGGAGCUGCACUCCACCCCCUGGAGCUCCGUCCGGCCUUUGGACCCCGCCAGCCGCAGAGCACAGGACUUCUUCCGACCGCGACCUGUUUGGACAGGAGACAGUCUGGAGCUGGACCUGGACACGCUGCUGUCCCAGAGAUACAGUGGUGACGUGGAGCUCAGAGUCCAGGUCUCCGCCUUUCACUUCCAGAACUUUCUGCCUUCCCAGAAUGCACCGCAGCCGCUCCUGGACAGCGCCACCCCGCUGGACGGUAUUCUGGCGGCGCUGAGUGGCGACAUCACCUACACCGGCUGCGGCCGCUGCUCCAUGGAGCUCGACACCGACGCCAACGGCAUCUACAGCCCUUGCUACCCCUGCCUGCCGCACACCGCCGUCCGCCGCUACUACAGGCCAGGUGUGCUGACAGUGAGUGGGCGGGGCAGCACUCAGCAUGAUUGGUCCACCCUCUGGACACACCCCUGGAUCAACAGACGGCUACAGAGAUACAGGAAAGUUACUCAACACUCAGACAGUCAUCGCAGACCAUCUCAACAAACCGGAGGAUUGCAGGCACUGAAGAAGCUAGUUGAGGACACGAUGGAGAAGGUUCCAGGUAAAAGCACAUGUAAGAAAGAGGAAGAGGAGAAGGCAGCAGACGCUGGUGAGGCCUCCUCUUCUGAGGAAGACGUGCAGAAGUCCGCUGCACAAAACAAGGGGCAAAUGGAGACAAAGGACGGAAGAGAGAGGACUCCACCAGCUGAAAUUGACGCUUUGGGUCAAGUUCUGCAGGAGCUGAACGUUUCAGAGACCCAAGAAGAACAAAUACCGCAGAGCUCAGGAGGAAAUGCCAGUGCUGCAGUAGGAAAUGUCAGUGCUGCAGGAGGAAAUGCCAGUGCUGCAGUAGGAAAUGCCAGUGCUUUAGAAGUAGGAAAUCAGCAAGAAACAUUUCCAGGAUCGGGCGUAUUCGUGACCAGUGAUGUGUGGGAUAAAGCCAACAUGGUUGACACCGCGUCAGAUAUGACCAGGAUUCUGUUGAUGGGUGUGUUCGACAGAGAAACACUGAUGCAAAGCAACUUGAGGGGAGGGAAAUCUAAAAUUGCACCAGACAUGCCGCAGAAGAAAGCCCUUGAUCAGAGAAAAGCGAAUGCUAUUAUCGAUUCUGCUCACGAGAAGUUCCCGGGGAAGACCAGGGGUGAAAUUGGAAAGGCCAUAAAUGAUAAAAUACAGAGCCUCAAGACUCCAAUAAAAAAGAAAGUAAAUAGAGUCCAAGCAGAUUGUGAGUUUCUUAGUGAACUCUUCAUCAUCACUAUAUCCUGAUGCUCUGCUGACAAAUACAAAUCUACAAUAAAACGUGUUUUACAUGA